AAAGAGGUCAGUUGGGUUUGUGAAUGACAAAAUGAGAGGGGUUUUAGGUUUGGUGUUUCUUCCUUGGCAAUUGUGUUUGGCCUUUAACAUAGAUAUCCAAAGCUGGAUCGCCCUCAGCCCCCCUCCCAGUGUUACCGCAAAGACCAGCUUAUUCGGUCACAGCGUGGCCUUGGGCCGGGAUGUGGCCUUCAUUGGGGCACCUCGACAUGACACGAGUGGUGGCGUCUUCAAAUGCCCAUUCCAGGCCAGAUCACCAUUGGGAAAGACUAGCAACUUAGGGUGCACUCAAAUCAAUGAUAAUCUAAGUCACAAAACCGCGGAUUUCCUGGGAGCGUCAAUGACCACUUCGCGACAAGGAGAACUCUUCACUUGCGCACCGAGACAAGGGUCAAAUCGAUACCUGACACUCCAGAAUCCUACUGGAACCUGUUACCGAUUUACCGAAGAUCGAAAUAACUCCCUUCGAGAGUAUUUCCGCUUUGAUAGAAAAUUGUUGGGCUCAUCUGACUAUGGUUUGUUAACCAUAAUGGGACAUGAACUCACCAUGUCGGAGGACGAUAUCCUGGUGAUUGGGGCACCAAUGGCCAGAACCAGAGAUUUCAAUUGGAACUUGGAAAGAACUGUUGGCUCCAUUGUUCGAGCCUCUCCAUUCUUUAUACCUCGUGCCAAGGAGAGCCCUUGGUCAAGAGUCACCUUAUCUAAUUUGGGAGACCCACAUACUUAUGACUUGGCAGGAUCAGCCAUAGUCAGAGGGAGAUACUAUUACGAUUUUGGACCAAACCAUUAUGCAGUUGGUGCACCCAAGGCGAUCAUGAUGCGAGGUGCUGUUUUUGUGUGUCCAGAUUGUCUAAGCCCACAAAACACCCGCUCUGAUAAAGUGCGAUUUGACAAACAGGGCUUUUCUUUGGAGGGGUUCCAAUUAGGCUCCCGAUUCGGACAAACGUUGUGCACAUUGGACUUGAAUGGAGAUGGCUUUGAUGACUUGGUGGUGGGUGCUCCUCUUUUUACAACAAAACGUGAGCAAGGAGAGGCGGGCAAUGUGUAUGUCUAUAAGACUAAUGUUCGGGGUCACGUCACCACCAUGGACCUCAUGAACCAAGAUCUGCCGAGAAAAGUAGAGAGUGGAGCUAGAUUUGGGGCCACUUUGGCCAGUCUUGGAAACUUGGAUGGAGAUGGUUUGGAGGACUUUGCUGUAGGGGCACCCUACGAAAAUGAUGGAGCUGGAGCUAUUUAUGUGUAUAGGGGAAGCAGGAGCUUCGUUUUCUCAGACAUCUCUCAAAAGUUGACUCCAGCCGACUUUCCGAGGUUAAACAUGGCCAAUUUCGGCUUUAGUGCGAAUGCCAAUCAGGACGUGGAUGGUAAUGGCAUCCCUGAUCUGAUCAUUGGAUCCAGAGGCUCAAGACACACAGUUCUCUUGAGAAGCUUGAAAGUGGAACGAAUCGCACCCAGAUCCUCGUUUGUGGUGCCAACCAAGGUCAAUCCCAAAGAUAAUUUUUUUAUGAUCAGAGUGAUUGCAACCGUAAAUCAGGUCCCAACAUCAAUUUGGAGAGCCCAAAUUUGGCUGAAUUUUGCAGACGACCGGAUUGAAGUGCUGAAGAAUAAUGCCACGAUUGAGUUGAAUCGUGUCCAACAAGCGGAAGCAUCAUUCCACGUCCAGUCACUGCAGAAAGAUUUUGGGUUGGAUGAUCACUCCACGCCCCGUCCAAUCUUUUUCAAAGGCUUCGUGAACUGGGACCUUGAUCCCAGUGCUCCGAAAGGAUUCCACGUCCCCAUUAAAGACCCACUCAAUGAUCUACUGGAAACCAUGUCAUUCGAAGUACCCCUGCAGACAGGCUGUGAGGACAACGUUUGUAAAUGUUCUGUUGAGUUGAGCAAACCCAAUGAUAUCAACAGAGUGGUGGCCGGUACGGGCAAAGGUCUCGAAGUGACGAUGACAAUUGUCAAUCACGGUUCAGAGCCUUCAUAUGAAAAUAAACUGGAGAUCACUUCGGCAUAUCCUAUUCCGUUUCCAAACCGUCUCAAAUGUGACAAUCUAACUGACGCGGGUGGAAGCGAGCAGAAGACAACCUACUCUUACGUUUGUGGUUUACCUGGGGUUGCGGCCAAUGGCGAAAGAAAACUCUCCUUGGUCUUUGACAUUUACGAUUGGGCAUUAUUCACCGAUACAGAUGCUAUCAUAGUUGAGACGAAGCUCAACCAUGGCUGCGAUGCCACAAUCCAGAAAUCAUGGAACAAUUUACAACAAACCCUCCGUUUUCCAAUUGAAUUCAAAUCUGAAAUCAUUACCAAAAGCCUGAGCUCCAAUAUCCAAACCCAAUACGACUACAACUCGACCAUGACCUUGGAGUUCAAGCACGUGUAUCUGCUCACCAACAUUGGUCCCAGUCCCACCAAUAGGCCAUUCACUUUCAACGUAUAUGUCCCAGACACUGAGGCCUUAGACUACGAUCUAGCGGAAUCCAACCUCAAGUGUUUACCGAUGACAAGUGGCCUUGUGGCUGGGAUCCAUCCACCUUACACGUCAGGCACGAAAGCCUUGAGUUGCCAAGUUGAGACUUGUAACGUUUACCAAUGCACCAUUCCCACCGGUAUGGCCAAGGAUCAGGUGGAAUCGGUCAACUUGAACAUGGCGUUUCAGGCCGAGAAGGCCGAAAUGUUAUUCGAGGACAUUUACCAUUUUGCCGUUCACACUGCUGUUCGAACACAGGGUCGCUACAAUUACGACGACUUCACCAAAUUCAUCACCGAGUUCUAUUCUUUGGAAGUGUCGUCUUUGGCAGCCAUGGCUAAAAGCUAUUGGCCUUACAUUAUCGGUGUGGUCUUGGGCCUUCUCCUUCUCUUGGUGAUCUUUGCGCUUUUGUGGAAGUUCAACAUUUUUUCCAAGACACGUUUGUUCAAGGACCAACUCGAGGAAGUGGAUAAAAAAGCUUAAACUGAUUCAAAGGCAAGCCUGUGAAGGCGUAAAAAUUUCAAAUUUGAAUAGAAAUUCCAUCUCACUUCA